CUCUCUCUCUCUCUCUUUCUCUCUCCCUCUCCCCCCUCCCUCGCUCGCUCUCUCGCCCGCUCGCUCUCUCUCUCUUACACUGCCAGCCCCUGAUGUGAUGGCGAAGAAACCCCGUUGACAAGGCACUGCUUUUUCAUGACGUUGUCAUGGAUGAUGACGACGAUGAAUCCUGUCUCCUUGAUCUUAUUGGGGACCCACAGGCACUGAAUUAUUUUCUGCAUGGACCUAGUAGUAAAUCUAGCAAUGAAGACUUGACAAAUGCAGGAUAUUCUGUAGCCAACUCAAAUUCAAUUUUCGCCAACUCCAAUAACACUGAUCCUAAAACAUCAAUAAAAGGUGUAAGCAAUCAGCUUGGAGAGGGGCCUAGUGAUGGACUGCAACUGUCAAGUAGCCUUCAGUUUCUUGAAGAUGAACUUGAAUCUUCUCCUUUACCUGAUCUCAGUGAGGAUCAGCCUUUUGAUAUUCUUCAGAAGUCCUUACAGGAGGCCAAUAUUACUGAACAGACUUUGGCAGAAGAGGCAUACUUGGAUGCCAGUAUAGGUUCUAGCCAACAGUUUGCACAAGCUCAGCUUCAUCCUUCUUCAUCAGCAUCCUUUACUCAGGCUUCUAAUGUUUCUAAUUACUCAGGUCAGACGUUGCAACCUAUAGGAGUUACUCAAGUGGUACAGCAACCUGUUGGAACAUCUUUUGCAAGCAAUACAGUUGGUGUGCAACAUGGCUUUAUGCAACACGUGGGAAUUAGUGUUCCCAGCCAACACUUGUCAAAUAACAACCAGAUCAGUGGUUCUGGGCAGAUACAGCUAAUUGGUUCAUUUAGUAAUCAGCCUUCCAUGAUGACCAUUAAUAACCUUGAUGGAUCUCAGAUUAUAUUGAAAGGCAGUGGACAGCAAGCAUCAGCAAACAUGAGUGGUGGACUCCUAGUUCAUCGACAGACUCCUAAUGGUAACUCAUUAUUUGGUAAUUCAAAUUCAAGUCCAGUAGCACAACCUGUAACUGUUCCAUUUAAUAGCACAAAUUUUCAGACAUCUUUACCUGUGCAUAAUAUCAUCAUUCAGAGGGGUCUAGCACCAAAUUCUAAUAAAGUCCCCAUUAAUAUCCAACCAAAGCCUAUUCAGAUGGGUCAGCAAGCUUCGUACAGUGUGAAUAAUUUGGGAAUACAGCAGCAUCAUGUACAACAAGGAAUUCCUUUUGGUUCAGCAAACUCACCUCAGAAUUCAGUAGUUGGUCCUCAUAUGUCUGUUAAUAUUGUUAAUCAGCAAAACGCAAGAAAAUCAGUUACACCUCAAACAGUUAGCAAUGCUGGAGGUAGUAUUGUUAUCCAUUCUCCUAUGGGACAGCCUCAUGCACCUCAAAACCAAUUUCUCAUACCUACAAGUCUCUCUGUCAAUUCUAAUUCAGUUCAUCAUGUUCAGACUAUAAAUGGACAACUUCUUCAGACUCAACCUUCCCAGCUGGUUCCAAGCCAAGUAUCUGCUGAACAUGUUAUGUUGAACAGAAACUCUAACAACAUGCUCAGAGCCAACCAGUCAUAUUCAGGACAGAUGCUGAAUAACCAGAACACAGCUGUGCAGUUAGUUUCUGGUCAGACAUUCACAGCUCCUGGAGGCCAAGUUAUAGUAAAUCAUGGAAAUUCUCAAAUUGUUGGGGGACAGGUGCCAUUACAACAGGCAUCACCAACCGUGCUGCAUUUAUCACCGAGUCAAGGUAAUGUUUCUCAAGGUAGAUCAGGUUUUACUACAAUGUCACCUGGACAGUCUUCAGUGUCAAAUAUAUCAGCAUCAAACCGGUUCACUGUUUCAAGUUCUGGCUCUGUACAUCCAAGCUUGGGGCCUUCAAUUCAGUCUAUUGCAUCAGGAGGAAAUUUUACUGGAGAUCAACUUGCGCAGCAGAAUAGAACUCAAGUUUCAGUCAGUGGGUCACAUCGUCUUCCAGCUUCCUCUUCUAAAUCUAUCAGCACCUUCAGUCACACAUCAGUAGGAGUCACACAGCAACAAUAUCCUUUUGGUCAGGCUCAGAAAAAAAUUAUGAACCAGACCUCACCAGUUUCUGCAUCAAAGUCACAAGAUGGCUUGAGACAACCCCAGUUAACAAGUCUUCUGAGUAACACAUUGCCAGGGCAGGACUCCGGAGGUAAAAUCAUACAGCAGUCUUUAGGAACAGCACAACUGCAGCAGGAAAAAGGAAUUGGAUCAUCUAUCCAACAAAAUAUUCAGGUGGAUGGUCAUACAGUUGGACAAAAGAGGCCUGCUACUAAGCAGCUAACAAAAGGAACUUUUAUUCUACAACAGUUACAGAAAGAUCAGGCACAUUCCGUCACACCAGAUAAAAGUCAGUUCAGUUCAUUAAAUGAUGCGAUCCAGAGACUCCUCUCAUAUCAUGUAUACCAAGGAUCACUGCCAACUGAGGAAGAUUUAAGAAAAGUGGACAGUGAAUUUGAAUCUGUAGCUACACAGCUUCUGAAAAGGACCCAGGCUAUGCUAAAUAAGUAUAGAUGUUUGCUCCUAGAAGAUGCAAUGCGGAUAAAUCCUUCUGCAGAAAUGGUUAUGAUAGACAGGAUAUUUAACCAAGAAGAAAGGGCAUCUUUGUCCCGGGAUAAGCGUCUUGCACUAGUGGAUCCUGAUGGUUAUCAAGCUGAUUUUUGUUGCUCUGCCAAGCAGUUAGAUAAAACAGCUGAUGAAGCACAGUCCAGUAAAAGUGAUCAUCAUCAGUCUAGCAAAACACUGACUUCUCAGUGUCAGACUACCAAAAUGCAUGCAAAAGAUCGACCAAAAUCCAGCACAGCAGAAUCUGCAAAUCAUGACAAACUUCAUUUAGUGCCUAACAACAUUGUGACACCACAAGGAGGAAACAAUUCUACUAAAAAAGCAGAAAGCCUCACUAAAGCUUUAAAGUUUGAGAAGGCUAGCUGUUCUCCUGAAAGCCAAUUCAUGGCUAUUUCUGAAGAAAAGGUAGUUGGUAAAGACCUUGCCAAGUCCAGUGAGAAUUCAUCAAGUUCUGAAGACUUGUCAAAAACAUUGUCAAGAGCCAAUCAUGGUACUCAUAAUAAAACAUCAAGGAAUACGGUUGAAUCGCAUUCAAAGGUAACAUGUAAUAAUUCCCUGCAGGAAAAAACUCCAAGGAGCUCUCCAAAGAAUGAGGUUUUACAUCCUGACAGCAUGAAAGGCUCUGGUGAAUCCCAACAGGAUUUAAAUACAUUUAAAAACAUUUUGGAACUGAAAAAAACUGGGAGACAGUCACAGAGUGAGGCUACUGGUGGUGGCUCUGUAGAAUUAGAAUUUCCAAAUUUUUCACCUAUUGCUUCACAGGAAAACUGCCUGGAAAAAUUUAUUCCAGACCACAGUGAAGGUGUUGUAGAAACUGACUCUAUUUUAGAAGCAGCUGUAAAUAGUAUCUUAGAGUGUUAAUAGUUAGAGUACCAUGGACAAGUUAUGUUUCUCUUAGUAGGAGCAAAUGUGAAUGACGCCACAAGUACAGCCUGACAUAUGUCAAAGGUUAACCUUUCUAAACUAGAUUUGUUCUGUGUUUGAGAGCAAUACUCAUUGUGGUUACAGUGAGAUAUCCAGUAAAGUUAAUCCUUAUUAGAAUGCAGUCUGUUAGGGCCUACACAUUUCAAGUGUUAUAAUGAUAGUGCUUAUGGUAAUUGUUUAACACUGCAAUUUAAUGAGAUUGCAAUUCAUUUGGCCCUGGAUAAUAAGGUAAUAUACUGACAAUCACAGUCAUAUGAUAGGACAUGUUUAUUCAAGAUUUUUUUUAAAUUGAGGGAAACAAAAAUCUCCCAGUCCUCCUUUACCCAAAAUCAUCAGAUUUGAGUUUUUCAGGAAAACCUUAUGAUUAAAAACCCACUGUACCUCUCUUCAGAAAUGAUUGUCUUUUUGAUUUAUUACUGAAACUAUCUGUUUUAAGAUUUAAAUUUGAAAGAUGUUGUCUGUAUGUUUACAGGGCUUCAUACUUAAAGUGCUUUUCUGUUGUUUCUCACUGAGCAGAAACCACUACAUCACAAUUUAUCUGUAGUGGGUAAAAUUAGUCUAUGGAAGAAUACUGUAUGUAUCUCAGUCAAAUGGCACAAUGUGAACUAUUAAAUGCUAAACUAAGGAAGGAAAAAUGGAAGCCAAUAAAUGUCAAAGUGUAAAGAAGGAGGCCAUGACAGAGCCACAGAUUUAUUUGUUGGAUAUUUAUAGAUAACAUAUAUAUGUUAACUCUUGAGGAAAAGAUUUUGAAUUUUGUAAUUGGACAUAGUCAACUUAAGUCUUUCUGAAGUGGUAUAAAUGUUUUUGUUUUUUCAGACCAAGUGUCAAAAGCACUUUUAUUUGGAAUCUGUGUUACAAUAUUAAGUAGUUUAUACUUUAAGAGGACAUUAGCCUUAAUCUGAGAAAUGUAAAGGCCAGUGUUAUUUUUGCUUGUUUCUGCUUCUUGCUGUCAGAGAAUGUUAGUCAUCUACAGCAGCAGUCAUAAUUACCAAAAUAUGUACAGACCAAAGUCCAUCAGUUAUCCCAUUGUUAAAACAUAUCUAAAAGUGUAUAAUUAUUCAUUCAUAUUUUAGAGCCAAAGGAAACCCCUGCAUGGUUUUUGUAUUUGGCUUAUGUUCAUGUUGAUGAGAAUAGAAUUUUAUUAUUUAUUUAUUAAUCUGUGAUGUUCUCUUUUUUCUGCCCAUGCUGCUUUUUUACUAGCUUACUUUGAUCAUCACUGCUUUUGGGCACACAAGUGUUCUGACAUUAUUAAGGUGAAUCUAGUAUGUCUGUCUGCCCAGGAUAGAUCUUGUGGGUUCUAAGGCAUACUCUUUAUCUAUUUCUGUGUCCCUGUUCCUGACAAAAAAAUAAACAGAUGUUCCAAAACUUUCUGAUUACCAUUAUUGUCACCUAAAGACUCAUUAUGAUAAACUGUGGUUGUCAGUUAGAUUGCCAGAGCUGCCAGGAAAGAAAAAAAAAUAGACAGAUUUUUGCCCUCUGUAGAUUUGUAGUAGUGCAAAGAGGGUAGAAUCUGACCCUUUUGCCAGCUGAAAAUUACAGUGCAGCACAUUGUAUUGAGCUGCAGUCUACUUGUGAUCACUAAAGAAAACCAAAUCCAGUAGUGCAACCUGAGAAAGAUGAUGUUAUUUAACAUAUAAUUUAAGGUUUCAUUCCUCUUCAACCUGAAUGGAAUUAUAAAUAUUUUUGUACAUUAUGAAUUGCGGUUUUUUAAAUUUGUGCCAAUUUUUAAGCAUAAGUUUGUCAGAAUCCAACAUUCCCAAAUGUCAUGUAAAAUAUUUAAAAAUAAUAAUAGGGUAUUGCCAGUUUUAAAUUUCUAGUUGGGCAUCAUUACAAUAGUUAUCUCUUUUCCUGUUGGUGAUACUGACUCUAUAGUUUUUGCCUGUUGCCUGUGAGAUUUGGUACAGAUGUCUGUGUCCUGAUGGCUGUAUAUCUUUUAGCUCUUUCCAUUUUCUUUAAAAACUCUUUAAUGGUUAAAGAGCCAUUAUGAACUGUCAAGGAAGGAAAACCCUUAGUUACAUCAACUACAUAAUUAGUUUUUAUGUUGUAAAAAUAUGGAUGCCUCUUAAUAGAUCCUGUUCCUCUUUGUCCCCCCAUAAACAGGGUAUAAGAGUUCCAGACCCUGUACAGCAUAUACAAAACUCAAGUAUCAGAUUUUGUAUACUUCAUGUUGUUUUAUUUUUUGGGAGCAGCAAUUCAUUGAGAAAUAUAACUGAAGACUGAGAAAUGUUCUUUAUCAUUGUUUAUUAGGUCGGACAUAUGUGUGUGUCCAGAUUUCUUCUGUCAGGAACCCAUUGAACAAAAUUCAGUAAACCUAGCCUUGGAUUGCUAACAUUACGUUGUUCAUUAAUCUGAAUCCAGUUUUAGGAAUAUUGGUACUCAGUGAAGCAGAAUAAUUUUAUUUAUUGUUGUUUAAAAAGUGUGAAUUUGUUAUUAAGCAUAUGGACCCAGAUCCAGUGAAGUACUUAGAUAUAUCCCUAAUUUUAAGCAUGUAUUUAAAUAUUUUGCUGGGUCAGCAUCAUGAUUUCCACUGUUCUUUAAUACUGCCUAAGAUUAAAACAAAUUUUAAACUGGCAAUUACGAAAAAUAUUUUAACUUUUAAGAGUUUAGCAUAAUUUAUCUGUUAGAUUAGGGAGGCCUUACAGACUGACUUCACUUAAAAAGGAUGUGUCACUUAUUGUCAGUGUGGUAUGGACUUUAUUUGCUUAAAUACCUUCAUUUGUAUAGUAUGUCUCACUUGAAAUUGCUUUGUAUACAUUUUGUAAAAAUAUUUAUAAAAUGUUUUGUAAAAAAAAGUAUAACAAAUUGCAGUUUAUUUUGUUAUGUUGGAUAAAUACUGUUAAAAGACACAAGUCAGUAAAUAUAUUGUUAAUUCAUGGAUAGGAAAUGUUUAGUUGGAAAUUACAAAUUGAAACAACCAUUGCAAUACAGCCAAAGAUUUGGGAAAAAUGUCUAUCUGUGAUUGUCUUGAUUUAACUAAGAGGAAUAUUUUCUUUCCAAUGAGGGUUGUUUUCAGUAUCAAAUAAUAUGGCUGCAAAAUA